AUGCCUACAUUAAAUCAAUUGAUUCGUCAUGGUAGAGAAGAAAAACGGCGCACGGACCGUACUCGAGCUUCGGAUCAAUGUCCCCAGAAGCAAGGAGUACGCCCGCGUGUUUCAACGAGAACACCGAAAAAACCAAAUUCAGCUCCACGUAAGAUAGCCAAAGUACGAUUGAGCAAUCGACAUGAUAUAUUUGCUCACAUUCCGGGCGAAGGUCAUAAUUCGCAGGAACAUUCUAUGGUCUUAAUAAGAGGAGGUAGAGUUAAAGAUUUGCCAGGUGUUAAAUCCCAUUGUAUUCGAGGAGUCAAGGAUUUGUUGGGAAUUCCGGAUCGAAGAAGAGGCAGAUCAAAAUAUGGUGCAGAAAAACCCAAAUCGAUAUGAAUGGAGGAUGCCUCUGGAACUUAUUUUUAUCGGUCAGGAGAGGUACGAAGUCACUCGACUUAUAAUUAUUUAGAAUGGAGUAUGUGAGUCUUUAUUAAAAAUUGAGAUUAGAGCUCGCUCUAUCAGUCCAAUAGAAAGACAAGCCAUACAAGGAAAGGAAGCCAUAGAGGCAAGUCUAAGUGCAGUUCCUAUUGAGUCAGAUCUCGCUAAUAUGGGCAUUAGGGGAUCCCUUUUAUAUGAUAUAGAUAUUAUAGAGUAUGAUUGUAGGCAUCUUUCUUCUAGUCUCCUGCUCGUACAUUAACAAGGGAAGUUGUCCUUCAAAGAGCUGAACAGUCAAGGAAUCAGUCCCAACAACGUCUACGUUAACAAAGGAUACUGUAACAAGAAAAGUGCUUACUCCACCAGCCAGCAGCUCCUUCUUUCACAACCAAGUCUGGCUAUCUUCCUGAGACUGGUAUCCUUACUUAGGGUAUUACCCCAGCAGCGGCAACUCUCACUGCGGUUAUGAAAUCUCGACGCGCUACCACCGCUUUAUUUAAGAAAAAACUAAACUAGAGCUGGAAAGCAGAGGAAAACUGAUCGUUGCUGAGCUUGCCGUUAAAGAGUAAGAUGCUGAUUAUAUAGCUGCUCCGAUUCCUUCACCGACCGAGAACGAGAAGGAAGUCUUUUAUUACGAACAAGCGCUAAAGAAGGGGGGUGGGAUCUCUCCUAAAAGAAAGAAUUGACCUCGAGCCUGUCCUACUUAUUCUUCUUUUCCCGUUCCUGACCCUCGGAUCAGUUGGCAAAUCGAAUCCCACGGGUACUUGACUAAAAAAAGGAUCCGACUUUAUAAGGCUUCUCGAACCAGACCAGAAUCUUUGAAGCUCUAUGGGAAGACUGACUCUAGGUACACAGAAAGACCAAGCUAAGCCAAUCUCACGUCGAAACAGGGAAAUUAUAGCCCUUGAAAGCAGCCCACUUCGGAGUCUCUCACAGGAGAAGGACUGACCUUUUCUCUCAUUCCUAUCGAGAAGACUAAGUCAGGGCGAGCUCUUACUUAGAGAGAGUUAGUUGGGUAGGGUCACUCUAAGAUCAAGAAAUCCUGAGUCACGAGAGAGAUUCUCCACACGAACGACCCGUCAGGUUAUAACUUACAUUGGUGAAUCGGACCAACACCUAUCUUACACCAACAAGGAGUCGCUUUUGUUACGCAGUUCGAAAGCUUAAGCCUUCCUACAUAUGCGGGCCCACCGGUUGAGUUUAAAGAGUCCUCUAUCCGGACUCCCCCUAGACCUCUGUCUGGCCUAGGGAACUUAUCUAAGCUCGAGAGCUCCUGUCUCCUCACAGCGUAAGCGGCUCACCUCUCCCCGGAAACAAACCAAAGCAAGCAAACUAACGACGAGAAAGUCUCAUGGUACGUCUGCUAGUCCCUUUGAUUCCCAAUCGUGCACUGCACGGCGAUAAUAAAAUUCGUAGGCCGCCUUUUGCCCCGAAUUUACAUUUACCAAGGAAUCACGGUUUGUGGAAAGCUCCUCCAGAACCUUCGCUAUUUUAAGGCGUUUUUCCGGGGAAUCCGCCGCUUCCCCUUAUUUAUGCCUUUUGCUGCUCCACAAUGCUCUCUCCAAAACGAAAGUUAAAGAAGCCCGCGUACCCACUCUUCUUUCCCCCCCAUUGCUGGGGGCCUCGUCCUCAGGGACUACACCUUUCAAAAGGAUAAACUUAGAAAACAAAUAGAAUCAAAAAGGCCAUCAUUAAUGCGAACAAGGCAAUAGCCUCGGUUAGAGCAAAGCCCAGGAUUGCAUAUCCGAAUAACUGUUUUGCCAAUGAUGGAUUUCUUGCCACGGAAUGAAUUAAUGAACUGAAUACGUUUCCAAUACCUACAGCAGCUCCCGCUGAAGCAAUUGUAGCAGCUCCGGCACCUAUUGAUUUUGCACCUUCUAACAUCUCGAAUGGAGAAAAACUCGUCACGCUCUUUCAUUCACGAUUUUUUGUUCUCGUCGCUUCAAAACCUCGU